CUGUGGGGCGGGGACGCUUCGCUCCACCCCGGCCUCCGCCGCCGCCGCCGCCGCUUCCCUUUGCGCGAUCGCAGCCGCCGGACGCGCUCGGACCCCCAUUUGGAUACAUCGCCGCCGCCGCCGCCGCCGCCUGCCGCCGCCUUCCCCCAUGGGGGCCCCAGUGGUGGGGGGCCCGGAGUCCGCCGACCCGCCCUUACCCAGUGCCUGACACUGCCCAUGGAUACCAGCCCCCCAACCCCGGACCCUGGGGGCCCGCGGAGGGACUGUGUGGCCCCUGCAUCCGAAUCGGGGCCCCCAUCCUUUGAAUGGCUGCUGGGGCGUCUUGGGGCCGGGGGACAGCGCCAGCGCCUCCUGCUGGCCUUGAGCUGCCUGCCAUGCCUCCUGCUGGGCCUGGGGGGUGGCUCGGAUGCCCUCUUCACGCUGACCCCCCCACGCCGCUGUCGGGACCCCAAUGGCACCAGGCUCCCCGAAAACACCACCUGCCAGGACCCCCGCUGCCAGAGCUGGGACUACGGGGGGCUGCCGGCCCUCACCAGCAAUCCGGUGACAGAGUGGUCGCUGGAUUGUUCUCGAGGUUGGGUCGUCCCCUUGGAGCAGCUGUGCUUCCUUCUGGGCUUUGCAGCUGGAGCCCUUUUGCUGGGGCAGCUGGCCGACAGUGUGGGUCGGCGUGGCACCCUUCUCUUGGCUGUCGCUCUUGGUUGCCCUGCAGGCAUCUUGGCUGCCUUUGCCACCUCUCCCUCUGUCUUCAUGUUGGGCCGUUGCCUUUGGGGGGUGAUGCUGGGGGGCAUGCAGCUUGCCCUCUACCUUAGCCGCUUGGAGCUGUGUUGCCCUCCACAGCGGCUGCCUGUAGCCAUGGCGGGGGACUUGGUCACAGUUGGGGGGCGCUUCCUACUUCUGGGGCUGGCGCUGGCUUGCGGGACUUGGCGCGUCCUCCAGGGCGUGAUGUCGGCUGGGCUGGGCCUUUGCCUACUCUUCGGCUGCCCUGGAUUGUACCCUGAGUCACCCCGUUGGCUCUUGGCCACCCGGAAAACAUCUCAAGCCAAGGAGAUUCUGAUAGGCCUGGCCCAGGGCGGCAGUACGCAGGAGUCAGAGGCCCAGGAAGCGCUGGAGGAGCUGGACAACGCCUGCCACCUCCCCGCUGCAGCCCAGAUCUCGUUCCGGGCCCUCCUGUCCUGCAGGAACAUCUGGAAAAAUGUUCUCAUCCUUGGUUUCACCACAUUCAUUGCCCAUGCCAUUUGCCACUGUUACCAGCUGGCCUGGGAAUCCCUGGAGGAUUCGCACGCCAAGUUCUACCUCUCCUACCUGCUGUCAGCCGGCAGCGCGGGCCUCGCCUGCAUUUUCCUGUGCCUGAGCGUGGACCGGUACGGACGUCGUGGGAUCCUGCUACUCACCACCACGCUGACCGGCAUCGCCUCCCUUAUCCUGCUGGGCCUAGGAGAGUAUCUCAACGAUGCUGCACGGAGAACGUUCUCCAUCCUUGGCCUGUUUUCCUCCCACGCGGCUGGCUCGCUCAGUGUCUUCUUUGCCUCGGAGGUCAUCCCCACCAUAAUCAGGGGGAAGGGCCUUGGCGUAAUCCUGGCGUUGGCAUCUCUGGGAGGGCUGAGCGCUCCUCUGCUCCGGCUGAGAGAACAGCACGGCUCAUUCCUGGAACAUAUUGUGUUGGCGUCUCUCAACAUCCUGGCCCUUCUCUGCCUGAUGCUGCUUCCCGAGAGCAAGCGCAAGGCCCUGCCCGAAGGCCUACGCGAUGGAGAACUCUACCGGAGGCCCUCCUUGCUCCGCCGGGCUGGCGGGAGCGAAGGCCGCAACUCUGAGGCGGUGACCCGGCGUGACGACGUUCCCCUGCUGUCCACACCAAACCCUGCUAGCUGAAGCACCUGCUCUGGCUGAAUUUGACCGCCUAGACAAGGCCACACAGCCAGGCCUCAACCAACCUCGCUUAGGCCUGGCUCAUAAUAAGAUGAAAGAAAGGGCAAAUUAGAAGCUUGAGUAACUCUUGCUCUUUCCGUUUUCUGUUUCUGACGUAACAUGAGCAGGGACGUGCCAGUCUCCUCCACUGAGAGAUCGGCUGCUGCCAUGUCACACCAGAAACAGAAAAAUAGAGCAAUGGCCGUUGCUUGGGAUUGUUCUCUAAACGGUAGAACUGGACCUGAGGAACUCCCCACCCCAGUCCCAACACUCAAUUUUAUUGAUGGCGAUUGAGCACCCAUCUUUAGAAUUGCCAUAACAGAUUAGGUCCACACCAGGGCCAUGCAUCUGCAUCUCAGACUCCCACAGGUGGGAGGCUAGGAGGAGAGAAUAAUCCCCAAACAACUCUACAUGCAAUAAAGUCUUGGAUAGGAUUGCCGUAAACCCACAUUUCGUCUCCUAGUUUCCCACCCACUCAAGUUUCCUGACUUGUUCCCUCCAAUUUAACAGCUGUACAAGGUGAAAUUGAACAGGUGAAUCUGUGUCCGGAGAAGUGAUGCAGUCAUGGAGAAACCUUCACCUGCUGUCUUUCUGCCUAUCAGAUGAUAACGUUACAGAACCCAGUGGGGGGGUGGGGAGAAUGCCAGCACUGGAAAGGUGUUUUCCUGAUUCUACACCUGUUGGUUUUUCUAAAAGUGCUCAGCUAUUAGGCCCACUCCCUAAUCUCAUAAAAUCCCUCAUGGAUUGCUGGGAUUCUUCUAGAGGCUGUUUUUCUGACCGCCUGCUUUUCCUCCCUCUGGGCAUUUGACUAUCUUAGCGAUAUUGCCUGCCUGGAUCGCUUGAGUAGAUAACAACCCAAUUGGGUUAGCUUGCAUCUUUGUCCCCAUUUUACAGAUUCAAGAAACUCAGGCUAAGAUCAAAAGUCUGGGGGCUGAUUUCACGACAGGGUCAAAGCUUUCAACCUAUGCACUCCAUCCCAUUUAUUAAUAAUCCUCUUGAUAGCACAUCUCAAGUCUAGAAAGGGCUCUUAACGUCUCUCUUUGCUGGCCGAGGCCCAAAAUGGAACAAAGGGCCUUUGAAAUCUUUUAAAUGCAUGAUUUUUUUUCACAUGGUGGCUGGGCUAGAUGGCUGAGUGCUUCACAACUAUUCUUGCCACCAAAGUUCUUUAGGGUCUGCAGAAAAUGACCUAUCCCUUUGCUGGACAUAGGACCAUUGACACGCAUACACGCCUACAGUCUCUGACCCUAUGAUUCCCUAUUGUGCCGCAGGACUAUUAUCCGGUUACUGAACCAUCCGGACUGCUUCUUACAGCUGUGCAACAGGUAGAAAUUAACAAAAGGGCACAUUUCCCCACCACCAUACUGAGGAGAGCCAUUCGUUCUGCCCUCGGAUACAAGGGACCUGCGGGCAACACCCUUACUUUAGGACACAAGGAACAAAAGAAUCUACUCUCCUUCCGCCCCAACACAUUUUAAUACAGGUAGCAUUACCAGUCGUUCCACUCUGGGCAAAUUUAUUAUCGCCAACAAGACGAUAUUCCACGUGGGAAGAAGGGAAAGGAGACAACCAGAGUGGCGGAUGACUCAGCCCCUUGAUGUGUUUGAAAAUGCAACCCGCACAGGGGAUCCAAGAGAAACUUGGCUGCUUUUUACCGUAAAGGGAAAAAAAAACACUACUGACUGUUAAUAAGCUAAAAACAGAUUAAAGAAAAACUUCUUGAGAAA